GUCAGCCCGGGUCACGUGACUGACAGACUCCUCUGGCGAGUUGCUCCAGUCUCCCACAGUCAUGGCGGUGUCGGGGAGUCGCGAAGAUGGAGUAAACACUACGCCUGCUACAUCCUGAUUUGUGCGUGUGUGUGUGUGUUUUAUUUUGCUCCAUGCUGGACGGUACCCGCUGUCAUCCGAAAUAUCACGAACAUCCCACGGGCUGCUGUGCUUCCCACCAUGGCCGACCGCGGCGUUGAUCUGUCGGCUCUGCCUAAAGAGGUCAGGGACCAGCUGGCGGAGUUGGACCUGGAGCUGUCCGAAGGUGAUAUUACACAGAAGGGCUAUGAGAAGAAAAGGACCAAACUCCUGGCUCCUUACAUUAUCCACACUCCAGUGGAGCCCCCUCCUCAGAAUGCCGUGCAGCGUCCCGCUCCCACCUCCUCCUCGGGCCACGCUCCGGCCCCCUCCAGCUCGUCCAGGUACCGCGAGCGGCGCUCCCGCAGAACACAUCGCGGUGGAGGAACCAGGGACGACCGCUACAGAUCAGAUAUCCACACAGAGGCCGUGCAAGCUGCCCUGGCUAAACACAAAGAGGAGAAGAUGGCGCUGCCCAUGCCCACCAAGCGCCGCUCCACCUACGUCCAGUCCCCCAUCGAAGCACGCACGCCGCCAGACUCCUCCUCAGGCUCCGAAGACGACGCGUCCGCGCGCAGGCAGUCGUCGGUGGUGGCCGCCCCGCCCGCGCCCAACCCCAGCCUGCAGAGCCCCGACUCCUGGAUGAACCACGCUGUCCAGGGCUCGUCCACCUCCUCCUCCGCCUCCUCCACGCUGUCGCACGGAGACGCCAAACCCCAGAGCCAGCCUCAGCCCCAGUACAAGCCCCAGUACCAGCCCCUCUACCAGCCCCAGUACCAGCCGCAGGAGCAGCCCAGCGCCGCGGCUGUGGCCGACGUGCUGGCUCAUAGUCGCAUUGCCCCCUCUGAGAACAGUGCCCCCCUUCCAGAUGUGACGGCUGUGGCGCCUCCAGCCAGAGGCCCGCGCGUGGACCUGCCCUCCAACGCCGUGGUCCGGGGCAUGAGCCGCGGGCAGAGCCGCUCCAGCAUGAUGAUGGAGACCGCGGAUGCAAGAGGUAAUAUCCAAAGAGUUCCUGUGAACAGCCGGGUGUCCACGAAGAUCCAGCAGCUCCUCAACACCCUGAAGAGGCCCAAGAGGCCCCCGCUCAGCGAGUUCUUCACCGACGAUGCAGAGGAGAUAGUAGAAGUGCCCCAGCCGGAUCCCAACACGCCCAAGCCGGAGGGCCGUCAGAUCAUCCCAGUGAAGGGGGAACCUUUGGGUGUGGUCAGUAACUGGCCCCCAGCCCUGCAGGCAGCGUUGGCCCGUUGGGGGGCCACUCAAGGAAAGAGCCCGGCCCUCACCGCCCUGGACAUCACGGGCAAACCGCUGUACACACUCACCUAUGGGAAGCUGUGGAGUCGCAGUGUGAAGCUGGCGUACACCCUCCUCAACAAGCUGGGCACCAAGAAUGAGCAAAUCCUCAAGCCUGGAGACAGGGUGGCGCUGGUGUACCCCAACAGCGAUCCCGGUAUGUUCUGGGUGGCCUUCUACGGCUGCCUCCUGGCCGAAGUCAUCCCCGUACCUAUAGAGGUGCCGCUGUCCCGUAAGGACGCUGGUAUCAGUCAGGUGGGCUUCCUGCUGGGCAGCUGCGGUGUCGGCCUGGCUCUGACCAGUGAGAUCUGUUUGAAGGGUCUGCCCAAGACCCCCACGGGAGAAAUCCUGCAGUUUAAAGGUUGGCCUCGGCUAAAGUGGGUGAUCACGGACUCUAAAUACUUGACCAAGCCUUCCAAAGACUGGCAGCCGCACAUCCCCACGGCCAACACCGACCCUGCAUACAUAGAGUACAAGGCGAGCAAGGAGGGCACGGUGAUGGGUGUGGCUGUGUCUAAAGUGGCCAUGUUGACCCACUGCCAAGCACUGACCCAGGCCUGCAACUACUGUGAGGGAGAAACUUUGGUGAAUGUCCUGGACUUUAAGAAAGACAUGGGCCUCUGGCAUGGAGUUCUCACGGCUGUGAUGAACAGGAUUCACACUAUCAGUGUUCCCUAUGCAGUAAUGAAGGCUUGUCCUCUCUCCUGGGUGCAGCGAGUCCACAUCCACAAAGCUCGCGCAGCUUUGGUGAAGUGCCGCGAUCUGCACUGGGCCAUGAUGUCUCACCGGGACCAGAGAGACAUCAGCCUGGCUUCGUUACGUAUGCUCAUUGUUGCUGAUGGUGCUAAUCCUUGGUCGGUGUCUUCCUGUGAUGCGUUUUUGAAUGUUUUCCAGUCCCAUGGACUGAAGCCUGAGGUGAUCUGUCCCUGUGCCACCUCCCCCGAGGCCAUGACAGUCGCUAUACGCAGACCAGGAGUACCGGGCGCACCCCUCCCCGCCCGAGCCAUCCUCUCGCUGACCGGCCUGAGCCACGGCGUCAUCAGGGUCAACACGGAGGAUAAGAAUUCUGCCCUGACGGUGCAGGACGUCGGACACGUCAUGCCCGGAGCUCUGAUGUGCAUCGUCAGGCCGGACGGACCUCCCCAGCUGUGUAAAACCGACGAGAUAGGAGAGAUCAUAAUCAACUCUCGUGCCGGGGGCAACAUGUACUACGGCCUGUCUGGAGUCACAAAAAACACCUUUGAGGUGAUACCUGUGAAUGCUAAUGGCGUCCCCAUUGGAGAGAUCCCCUUCGUGCGGUCUGGGCUCCUGGGGUUUGUCGGCCCAGGCAGCCUGAUCUUCGUGGUGGGGAAGAUCGAGGGCCUGCUGAUGGUGAGCGGGCGGAGACACAACGCCGAUGACCUGGUGGCCACUGCUCUCGCCGUGGAGCCCGUGAAGACCGUGUACCGCGGGAGGAUUGCCGUGUUUUCCGUCACCGUAUUCUACGACGAGAGGGUUGUGAUUGUGGCGGAGCAGCGACCGGACGCCAGCGAGGAGGACAGCUUCCAGUGGAUGAGUCGCGUGCUUCAGGCUAUCGACAGCAUCCAUCAGGCGGGCCUCUACUGUCUGGCUCUGGUCCCGGCCAACACCUUGCCCAAAACCCCCCUGGGCGGCAUCCACAUCUCCGACACCAAGCAGUUCUUCCUCGACGGCAACCUGCAUCCGUGCAACAUCCUCAUGUGUCCCCACACGUGCGUCACCAACCUGCCCAAGCCGCGCCAGAAGCAGCCCGUCGGUGUCGGGCCUGCGUCUGUCAUGGUGGGGAAUCUGGUGGCGGGGAAGAGGAUCGCCCAGGCCGCGGGCCGGGACCUCGGCAUGAUCGAAGACCAGGAUCUCGUGAGGAAGCUCUGUAUGUGGCCCACUGUGAUGCAUCAGUACCUGACGGAGGCUCUACAGUGGCGGGCACAGACAGACCCGGAUCAUGUCCUGUAUGUUCUUCUGAAUGCCAAGGGUGUAACAGUAGGAACCGCUACCUGCGUCCAGCUGCACAAGCGAGCAGAGAAGAUCGCCGCAGCGCUCACUGAGAAAGGCAGCAUCAACACGGGGGAGAACGUGGUGCUGCUCUACCCACCCGGCAUCGAUCUGGUAGCUGCCUUUUACGGCUGCCUCUACGCCGGGUGCGUUCCUGUAAAUGUCAGACCUCCGCACCCUCAGAACCUGGCAGCCACUCUGCCCACCGUCCGCAUGAUCAUUGAUGUCAGCAAAGCAGCGUGUAUCCUCACCACUCAAACCCUAAUGAGGACCCUACGCUCCAAAGAGGCCGCUGCCUCGGUCAACAUUAAAACGUGGCCGACAAUCAUUGACACGGAUGACCUUCCUCGCCGUCGGCCUCCACAGAUCUAUAAACCGCCCACAGCAGAGAUGAUAGCUUAUCUGGACUUCAGCGUUUCGACUACAGGCAUGCUCACCGGGGUCAAGAUCUCUCACGCAGCCGUCAGCGCACUCUGUCGCUCCAUAAAGCUUCAGUGUGAACUCUAUUCAUCUCGCCAAAUAGCCAUCUGCCUGGAUCCUUACUGUGGACUGGGCUUUGUUUUGUGGUGCCUCGCAAGUGUUUACUCAGGUCAUCAGUCCAUCCUGAUUCCUCCCUUUGAGCUGGAGAGCUGCCUGUCUCUGUGGCUGAGCACGCUCAGUCAGUACCGCAUCCGAGACACCUUCUGCUCCUACUCUGUGAUGGAGCUCUGCACGAAGGGACUGGGAACGCAGACCGAGCUGCUCAAGGCUCGUGGUGUGAAUCUGUCAUGCGUGCGGAGCUGUGUGGUCAUAGCGGAGGAGCGCCCACGCCUGGCCCUGACGCACUCCUUCUCCAAGCUGUUUAAGGACGUGGGGCUCUCGCCCAGAGCUGUGAGCUCAGCUUUUGGCUCCAGGGUGAACCUCGCCAUCUGCCUGCAGGGCACCACCGGCCCCGAUCCCUGCACGGUGUACGUGGACAUGAAGUCCCUCCGCCAUGACAGAGUGAGGCUGGUGGAGAGAGGAGCACCUCAGAGUCUCCCUCUAAUGGAGUCUGGCAAGAUACUGCCGGGGGUACGGGUGAUCAUCGUUAACCCAGAGACCAGGGGCCCACUAGGUGAUUCUCAUCUAGGAGAGAUCUGGGUGAACAGCCCUCACAACGCCAGCGGCUACUACACCAUCUACGGUGAGGAGAGCCUUCAGGCAGACCACUUCAACACCAAGCUCAGCUUUGGAGACCCACAGACUUUAUGGGCCAGAACUGGAUACCUGGGCUUUGUGAAGAGGACCGAGCUGUUGGAUGCCAGCGGGGACCGACAUGACGCUCUGUUUGUGGUGGGCUCACUAGAUGAAACCUUAGAACUACGGGGGCUGCGCUACCACCCCAUCGACAUUGAAACCUCGGUGUCUCGAGCUCACCGCAGUAUUGCUGAGAGUGCUGUGUUUACGUGGACCAACCUGCUGGUGGUGGUUGCGGAGCUGUGCGGUUCAGAGCAGGACGCACUGGACCUGGUGCCGCUGAUAACCAACGUGGUUCUGGAGGAACACCACCUCAUAGUGGGCGUGGUGGUAAUUGUGGACCCGGGGGUCAUACCCAUCAACUCUAGGGGAGAGAAGCAGCGUAUGCACCUCCGUGACUCCUUCCUCGCUGACCAGUUAGAUCCCAUCUACGUUGCUUAUAACAUGUAGGAGGUUCUGGUACCCGGAUGCUUGUGCCACUAUUCCAGCUUGGCUGAUGGUGUAAAGGAAAAGCGUGAACCACGUGUAAUUCCACUCAGCCCCAUGUGACACCAGCAUAUCGUGGCACUGCAUGUCUAUGACUGGGCCGUGUCUGGAGCUGUUCACUGUGUUUUAUAGAUAGAAUCUUGCAAAUACAAUAGAAGCAACAUUUACUGCAUAUUGCAAAGAAACUAAAAGUCCCUGUUGCAGGGGAAAGGGCAACAUGACACAUAAACAACCACUACAAAACUGAACACUACUGUAUGUUAAUGUCUUUGUGAAGAUCCAUCUUCCUAAUCUGUGAUCACCGCAGCCCGCUUAAAAUAAUACCCCUUUUGUGAAAUACACAAAGCUUCAAAAUCCUAAAAUAACAACUUGAAAUAUUUUUACAUGCAAAUGCUGAGCCCUUGUCAUUCCUCGCAACUGUGGAGGAGGCACUAGAGAGCAAACCAUGGAAUCAGCGGCCUGUGUCCGUCUGUGUACAUUAUUUAGGAAGAUGUUUUUGUCCCAUAAUACUGAAGCCAAAUAGAUGUCCCUAAAUAUGUCCUGCCUUACUAAACAGCCAUGCAUUCCUAUCUUGAGUUUUAACGGCUACUUGUUCUUCUUAUAUUUUGACAGAUAGUGGAAAUCCUGAGAGAUAUCCAAAGGGAUCCAAAAAAUAGGAAAGAGGCCGUUCUCUGUACUGUAUCAACGAGGGCCUCUUGUAUUUUAGAUACUCUGUGGUACUGUAUAGCUAUUUUAAUUGUACAAAUUUCUGAACGCUCAACUCAUCUCUCUCAGUUGAUGCUUUCUGGGUAAUUAAUCAAGCUGGGAGAGGGUAACGUAGCAGGACUGACAAGACUGUAAAUAAGAUUAAAGGAUUAUUAGUUGUAUAAUGGAGGUUCAGUUUACCUAAAUAAGACAUUGUUAGUCAGGAUAGAUAUAAUGUUGCACUUUCUUAAAUUGUCUAUUUUAUUAUAAUAAUGAGAUAAUGAGGCAUUAUAAGUAAAUGUUCGGGAGCUAUUAUAUAUAUAUAUAUAUAUAUAUACUUCUGAUGAAUCGUGCGUGAGGACUUUUUAAGAGUUUACCAGGAAGGCUAUCACUGUUAAUGUCAGGAACAUUCCUGUCAACCACUAGAAAACACCACUUCACCCCCACCCACAUAAAAACUAGGCUAAAACCACGACAUCAGGUUUUUAGCCUGCCAUGCUACUUUAUAAAACUGUAGAAAAUGGGGCCCAAAUCAGUUUAUUCAUUCAUUCACUGUCACUAUAUGCAUCUUUGUAAAAAAAAUACUUUGAGUCCCAAUUGGACAGUUGUUGUUGGGACUGUAGGUCUGUAGUACGUACAGGCAAGUCAUUGUGUAUCUGGGUUACUUACUGUGUUCACUCAUUAGACUCAUAAGUAUGUGUGAAUGCAGUUGCAAAACUGAGCCACAUUAGAAACAUCCUUGACAACUAAGUCACUGUGUGGAAAAAAGGAUACAAAUGAUUUGCAUCAAGAUGUUUACGCAAAGGUUUUGGUUUCCUACAAUCUUGUGCUUUUGUUGUGCACCUGGACAUCAUUUGUAGGGUCUUUGUACUGAAUUGUACUGUAUUUCAGUGAUGAACCCUUAAUGUCAACAUGUAAAUAUGUUUUUGAUAAUUCUGGACUAUUGCAACUAUCCCAUUAUAAUUUUUAAUCCUGUCUAACACAAUAUCUAAUAAGAUGUAAAUUAUUUUGAGAUAAUCAGGAGUAUGAGUGAAUCAACUACUGCACUUUGCACUGGUGGUACUAACAGACUUCUACUGUGUGGACUCAAGAAUUGAGUAAUUAAUUUAAUUAUCCACAUGUGAUGUUAUGUUAAAUGGGCUAAUCAUUUUAGAAAUAUUCAGUUUGACAUUUGGUUUUGCCCUUUUAUGGACAAAUAAUAGCACUUCAUCUUAGUUUUAAUGUUGCAUCCAAUGCUUUCAGCAGAAUGUUUGCAUGACUCAGCUGAGCACAAUAAGAAAUCAGCUGGAAGAGCAUCUCCAGGCACAAGAGGGGGGGGGGAUAUGAAACUGUAUAUUCAGGGAACAAAUCUUAUAACACAGGGACAGACCGGGUAGUCCAUUGGUGCAAUCUGUGAUCACUACCCACAAAAUGUAGAUCCCAAUAAACAAAUGAGCGAAAGGAGAGUUACUGAGAACCAGUGUCCAUCUGCCAUCGACCUGCUUUGCUGCGAAGUCUACAAGGGCUUCCUUUGGUUUCCACUCUUUCUCUCCGUCAGAGUUUUACACACUAUGCAAUCCCAAAGACAGUGCAAUUUAAUUUCAAAGCUUGCACAGUCUAAUGAAAUAUACAUGCUUCUAGAUUUUUAGUAACAAAGAACAGAGGACUGAUAAAAUUUAACCUGUGGUGUACUUAACACUGAAUCUUUCUUGAACUGUUCUAUAUUUUGUGUAUGCACUCUUGGUAUGUUGUAUAUGAUUUAGUCAAUUCUGAACUGCUCCCUGAGGGUGUGAUCCACUGAUGACUCUUUAAAGCUAGAGGAGUAUGUUAACUCAUACAGCUAAAAAAUGUGGUACACUCCUUAUCAUUUCUCACUUAUUUUAUAUUUUGGUUUGUUUACUUUGUUUUAUACUUUAUGUAAAAGUAAUACAGAAUAAACAGAAGCAUUUAAUCAUUUAA